AUGCCUGUGUACUUGCAUAAGCAGAUAUGCUUGAAAAGGCACAGUGGAGCCAGCGGUGACGAUCGUGAUGGGACAAACUCUAGCUGCACUCGAUCCGCAGAACUGCUACCCAUUCAUUUGUUGCUCAUAUUUCUCCAUGAAUCUUACGGAUUGAUUGAAAAAACAUAUCCAGUUGACGACUAUUACAUUUACAAUGCAGAAGAAAAAGCAUGUCGGAUGAUUAAUCCGCUCCAAUCCGAUCUAGAAAAGGAAUUUCGUGGUCGAGGAUGCGUACAUUUCUUUGGGCAUCUUCGCUUCUCUUCGGAUGCAGAUCACGUGUACGAGAAAGUGCAGGAACUUGAAAGAAUCACAGGAUGUGUAACAAUUAUUAGAUCAAAUCUUGUACAUGCAAAUUUCCCAGCUUUAAAAGAAAUUGUACAUGACGAAAAUUUCUGUGAUGUUGACUACGCAUUAAGAAUAAUCGGAAACAGUCAUCUCAAAAAUAUUACUUUUCAUGCUGACUUUAAAUUACCAGUACAUAAAAUGUUCUUUAGCGUGAAUCCGCUCCUUAAUCAAACUGGAAUCUCACCUGUGGGCUUGAAAUUUGAUUUUGGCUCAUCGAAAGAUUGUCUUCAAGAAGUAGCCAUAAAUAAUGAACAGUGUAGACGAAUUGUGGGCGAAGUCAAGUACCGUAAUUAUUUGCCAGAGCUGUUUAAACGUGAUCCUCCUGUUGUGGUUCAUGGAAAGUUGUUGUUUGAAGACACGAACGAAAGCGAUUUAUCAGGGAUUGCGGGAGCGAUUGUUGUUGGCCACGGAACCCCGGCAGUAUCCAUAAAACAUAACUAUAAUCUUAUCAAUGUGGACGAUCUGCUCACUAUGAAGAUUACUGGACGAGAACCAUUGCUAGAAAUUUCGGGAAACAAAAAAAUCUGCGCCCCUAUAAAUAUUCGGAAAAGAGUGCGAAUGCUAGCGCAAAAAGAUGUGCAUUUCGAUGGCAGCUGCUUAUCGUCAUGUGACGGGGGAGUCGUAGACUCACAGUUUCUCAAAGAAUUCAAAGAAGAGAAAGAAUGUCGGGUAAUCAUUGGUGAUCUAGUAAUUAGCGGUUUGAGUGGAAACAUUAGUGGACUAGAACAGCUUAAAAGGAUUGAAAGAAUAGAAGAAGGAUCCUUGAUUUUCCAGCAAAAUCUAGACUUUGAAAGUAUAUGGUUUUUGAGGAACCUAGAAGUGAUUUCUAAUCCUGAAUCAGAAGAACCUGCCUUGCAAAUUGCAAACAACCAUGGGUUAAAGUCCUUAGGUCUCUCAGCGUUGAGGACCGUAAGAUCAGCAGAUGCUGACAAAGCUAUUGAAAUAUAUACUUACCAAGAAAUGCCAAUCUCAGAAAAGAAACAUCUCAUGAAGGUUGCACAUAAAAGGGAAGUUUUCAAUCUCGGCCACAAAGAUAUCAGGGAACGUCGUAGAAUACGAGAGGCGUACCAGGAAAAUGCCCUUUUAGGAAUUAUGCUUAUACUACUUAUUGGAGUGGUAAUGGGAGCCAUUGCUGUUGCUCUAAUAGCAGUAAUCUACAGGAGAGACAAAGGAAGCAAGUCGGAGGAGGAAAGAUUGCUUGGACAACAUGGUUUAACAGUGCUCGCAUUGGAAGAAACGAGGACUUCGGGUGAGAAACCAAGAUCAUCGACUUCGCAAGAAACGAGGACCUCGGUUGAGAAACCAAGAACAAAGGCUUCGCAAGAAACGAGGACCUCGGUUGAGAAACUAAGAACAAAGGCUUCGCAAGAUACGAGGACCCUCUUUGAGAAACAAGGAUCAACGGCUUCGCAAGAAACGAGGACCUCCCUUGAGAAACCGGGAUCAUCGGCUUCGCAAGAAACGAGGAGUUCACUUCAAAAACUCUCCAGCAUCUCCUUAACGUGA